UGUCAUCCACUCCUCCUUUUAUUCUCUGUGUUGAUCUUUGAGCAGCGCGUUAAUACAGCAAAGUGGCAAUUCGUCUCGUUGUUGUCAGUGGUGAUAUGACUAGACCACAUCUAACUCACUCACGAGAGGAAUUUGGCAAAGAUCCGGUGAUCAGCGGAGGAGAUGGACGUGCAUAUUUGAUCAGUUUGAUUUAGAAGACACAUCCCAGAGGGUUUUAAGAGGAAGCGAGAGACAUUUCCAUUCCAAAACAGUACUAGCAGCUCAAACCAGUGCCAAACGGGACCGGUGAGGAAGACGAGGUGGAUGAAGACCGUUGUAUUUAGAGAUACAUGCCUAUACACCAGCAACGGGCGGGAGAAACCUGUUACAAGACCUGGACAAGACUACUGAAAGUCCCUCAGUCACCAUCCUCAACAAGAGGGAGAAUUUCAACCGACAGAGACCUAUUUUGAAUUUGGAAGGUGGCAUUCUAGCACAAACCAUCAGACACCAGCCAUGCCUUUAUCCUUCGGUCCAUCCCACCUUUCCCCCUUGUCCUUCAUUCACCUGUUCCUCCUCCUUGUUUUCUUCCUUUCUUUCUCCACCACUUCUAAAGCUGACUCCGACGAUGCACCCCAAUCUACCUCCAACUGUUCCCAAAAUGAAGAAUGUACAGAUGGGGUCCUUUUGCCUGUUUGGAAUCCCCAGAAUCCUUCAGUUGGCGACAAAGUAGCCCGUGCCAUUGUGUACCUCGUGGCACUUGUCUACAUGUUCUUAGGCAUGUCGAUCAUUGCCGACCGCUUCAUGACUGCUAUCGAAGUUAUAACGUCUCAGGAAAAGGAGAUCACUACAAAGAGACCCAAUGGGGAAACCGUAACAACUACAGUUCGUAUUUGGAACGAGACUGUCUCCAAUUUAACCCUCAUGGCUUUGGGUUCCUCAGCACCUGAAAUCUUGCUUUCUGUCAUUGAGGUCUGUGGACAUCACUUUGAAGCUGGAUCUCUUGGUCCCAGCACCAUCGUGGGCAGCGCUGCCUUCAACUUGUUUGUGAUCAUUGGCAUCUGUGUCUAUGUGGUACCUGAUGGUGAAACACGUAAGGUCAAACAUCUUCGAGUUUUUUUUGUGACGGCUGCGUGGAGCAUGUUCGCCUACAUCUGGCUGUAUCUCAUCCUCUCUGUGUUCUCGCCUGGUGAGGUGGAAGUGUGGGAGGCAGUGUUGACUUUCCUUUUCUUCCCUCUCUGUGUGGUCCAGGCCUGGAUUGCGGACCGUCGUUUGCUUAUUUACAAAUAUGUCCGCAAACGCUACCGAGCCAACAAGGGUCGCGGAAUCAUUGUUUCCGAGGCAGGGGAGGAGCUUGCCAAGGAUGGGGAAUUCACAAAGAUGGACAUGCUGGAAAUUGAUGGAAUGGCGACACAUCUGGAUGGAGUGCUCGGCAGGGAAGGUGGGCUUGAUGGACGGGACCAAGAAGACGAGGCCAGAAGAGAUAUGGCAAGAACUCUGAAAGAAUUGAAGCAGAGACACCCUGACAAGGACAUGGAGCAGCUCAUAGAGAUGGCCAAUUAUCAGGUCUUGAUACAGCAGCAGAAGAGCAGAGCUUUCUACCGCAUUCAGGCAACGAGAAUGAUGAUUGGUGCUGGGAACAUCUUGAAGAAGCAUGCAGCAGAUCAGGCCCGUAAGGUGGUCAGCAGCGGAGAAACACGAGAGCAGGAGAACGAACCUCAUAUUACACGAAUAGAGUUUGAACCUGUCCUCUACCAGUGUUUUGAGAAUUGUGGGUCCUUAAAUCUUACUGUGCAAAGGCAUGGAGGAGAUGCAGGAUGUACUGUCAAGGUUGACUACCACACAGAAGAUGGCACUGCCAAUGCUGGCUCUGACUACGAAUUUACUGAGGGCACAUUGGUCUUUAAACCUGGCGAGAGCCUUAAAGAGGUAACCGUUGGCAUUAUUGAUGAUGACAUCUUUGAGGAAGAUGAAUACUUCUAUGUCCGCCUGAGCAAUCCCCGCAUAGUCGGGUGGGCUGAUGGACAUCCUAUUGCUUUGGAAAUUGGUGCACCCGCCCCCACCGCAGUCCUUGGCGAGGCCCACACAGCGACUGUGACCAUCUACGAUGACGAUCAUGCAGGAAUCUUCACAUUCGAGAGCGAAUCAGUGCGGGUAAGCGAAAGCAUCGGGAUCAUGCAGGUGAAAGUCCAGAGGACAUCUGGAGCACGUGGCCUGGUGGCAGUACCGUACCACACAGUGGAUGAAACUGCUCAUGGUGGGGAGGACUAUGAGGAAGUGUCUGGGAAACUGGAGUUCCAGAAUGACGAGACUAUAAAGACUAUUGAGGUGAAGAUUAUAGACGAUGAAGAGUAUGAAAAGAAUAAGACCUUCAGCAUUGAGUUAGGAGAGCCAGUGUUGCUGGAGAUCGGACAGAAACAUGGAGACACUAUUGAGAAUAGAACCGAGGUUGGGGCUGAUGAAGAAGAAGUGGCUAAGAUGGGAUGUCCCAGUCUGGGAGAACAUAACAGGCUGGAGGUGAUGAUUGAAGAGUCCUAUGAGUUUAAGAAUACAGUGGAUAAGCUCAUUAAGAAGACUAACCUGGCUCUGGUAGUGGGCAGCAGUAGCUGGAGAGAGCAGUUUGUUAGUGCUGUGACUGUGAGUGCAGGUGAUGAUGAUGAGGAGGAGAGUGGCGAAGAGCGUCUUCCAUCCUGCUUUGAUUACAUCAUGCACUUCCUCACAGUCUUCUGGAAGGUUCUCUUUGCAUUCGUCCCUCCCACAGAGUAUUGGAAUGGAUGGGCCUGCUUCAUUGUGUCUAUCUGUCUGAUUGGUGUGUUGACGGCGGUCACAGGCGAUCUUGCUUGUCACUUUGGGUGCACUAUUGGCCUGAAGGAUUCAGUCACUGCUGUGGUGUUUGUUGCCUUGGGGACUUCAAUACCAGACACUUUUGCCAGUAAGGUUGCUGCCAUCCAAGAUCAAUAUGCUGAUGCAUCUAUUGGCAAUGUGACGGGCAGCAAUGCCGUUAAUGUUUUCCUGGGCAUUGGUGUGGCGUGGACCAUAGCUGCCAUAUACUGGCGCACUAAGGGCAAAUCAUUCCGCGUUGAGCCAGGCUCUCUGGCCUUCUCCGUCACACUGUUCAGUGCCUUGGCUGUGGUGUGUGUCAGUGUGCUCUUGUUUCGUCGGCGCCCCUCAGCCGCAGGAGGAGAGCUCGGCGGUCCACGGACUUGCAAGAUAUUGACAUCCAUGCUCUUUAUUUCCCUAUGGCUGAUCUACAUCCUGCUGGCCUCACUGGAAGCAUACUGCCACAUUACAGGAUUCUGAGAAACAAAACAGAAUAAAUAGUAAGGUAUCAUAUUAACUCGUCUUAGAGGAAUAUGAAAGUGGCCAGUGAAGGAGUUAUUUUUUUAUUAGUAUUUAUUAGAUAUUUAUCCUGUUACCUUUUAGUAAGUCAGAUACGUAGGUUCGAUUUUGUAAUUUUCCAUUUUCUUAAGGGAAUUGUUCACCCAAAAAUGAAAAUUCUGUCAUUAUUUUCUCACCCUCUUGGCAUUUAGCACUUGUAUGACUUUCUUGCUUGCGUGGAACACAAAAGAAGAAUUUAUGAACAAUGUGCUGUCCCUAUUUUUAGCGAAAUUGCAAUGACUAGAGCUUUCAACUUCAAAAAUAAAAUGGUAAAAAGUACCAUAGAAAGUAUCAUUAUCAGGUCAUAUAAAUAGCUUUGUAUGGAACAGAGUGAAAUUUAAGUAGUUAUUCACUGAUAAUGUUCCCCUCCAGUGAGCUCUUAAAGGAAUAUUUCAGGUUCAAUACAAGUUAACCUCAUUCGACAGCAUUUGUGGCAUAAUUUUGAUCAAUCGAUUAAACUCAUCCCUCCUUUUCUUAAAAAAAGCGCAAAUCUGGGUUCCAGUGAUGCACUUACAAUGGAAGUGAAUGGAAUCAGUCCGUAAAAGUUAAAUACCAACUAUUUCAAAAGUAUAGCCUCAAGAAUUAAACAAUAUGCAUGCUAACAUUAUUUUAGUGUGAUAAUACCCUAAAGGAAAUGUAAAAACAACAAUGUAAACACCUUUACAGUUUAAAAAAUACAUGAGUCUUAACAGAAGAAUUAACGAAUGUACUUUUAUAAAAUUAUAAGUUUCAUAUUUCUGCCUUAAACCCUCCAAAAAUGGGCCCCAUUCACUUCCAUUGUAAGAGCCUCACUGUAACCUCAAUUUUUAAUUAUUAUUUUAGUCUAAAUAAUUUUUUGUGGUAAUCAACAUUAUGCCAUAAAUGCUGUCGAUUGAAUUUAUCUUGUAUUGAACCCGGAAUAUUCCUUUAACUUGAGAGUUGUGAAUGAAUCAUUCAGACCAGUUUUGUUAACUGGAUCAACCGGUUCAUUAAAAAGAUCGCUACUUCACUCAUGAAAUGUAAUAAUGAUUUAAAUACUUUCUUUUGUUUUCCACUCAAGAAAAAAAGUCAUUUUAGUUUGGAACAACAUGAGGGUGAGUAACUGAUGAUGACAGAAUUUUCAUAUUUGUAUGAAAUAUCUCUUUAAAUUAGUUUGAAUGUCAGUUUUUGUCCCUUUGCCUUACACUCGUACCCGUCUUUCAGUGGAGUCUUCAAUCUAUCCAGACCAAUAACCAAUGACUCUCGUCUUUUUCAUACUCCUCUUUGAGCCAAUCCGAGACUUUGGUAACUGAAUGAAGGGUUUUACUUUUUUGGACUCUUUUUUUUUUUUUUUUUAAUGUUAUGUGUCAGUAUUGCUCAUGUAUGAAUAAUGAUAAUAUUUAAAAUGAUAUUUAACUAAACAGAAUGACCAAACAAACUAUAUCAUUAAGAGCGGACUAUAGAAACAGGAUGGAUUCACUAUUUCUUGUGGAAAAGGAAAAGCAUGUUUCAGGACUAAAAAUUAAUCUGACAGAUGGUCUGAAAAGCAUGUUGAAUUCAUAACUAAUCAUUUAAAGCUAAAGAAAAUUGUGAAAAAAAAACUGGAGUUAAUAACAGAGAAGACAGAAGAACAAUUGGAAAAUAGUUGCUGAAUAUCACUAUUUCAAACGUACAUUUUAAAUGUGAUGUGUGUGUGUGAGACUCCACCAAGAAUAAACAGCUUAACUGGUGUUCUCUUUAAAUAUCAAAUCAUUGUGUUGCAGUGCUGUUUGUAUCUGUAUUUGUUUUGUGCUAUGACAAGUCACACUUUUUUACUUGAAAGGACAAAUUAGUUUUACAUAGGAAAUACUACAGUAAUUGGGGAACAGUAUUUGACAUUUGCUAUGGCAUUAUUUAAAUGAAGGCCUUUAGCAAUAGUGUUGAGGACUAACUUAAAUUCCUGAGACUGACUGUGAACCAUAUUGCAUCCUUUAUACUCUUAAAUGAAUAUUUUGUGUUCAGUACAAGUUAAGAUCAAUCAACAGCAUUUGUAGCAUGAUGUUGAUUUCCACAAAAUACAAUUUUGAUUUGUCCGUCCUUUUCUUAAAAAAAAAGGAAGAAAAAAAUGAAGCUAAAAUGAGUUACAGUCAGCCACUUACAGUUAGGGUUGCCACUUUUGGAGUUUUAAAAUAAGGGACACUGUGAACAUCCUCCACAGUUUUAGCAAUAAAUGCCUUGAGUUAAUAUGUGUUAUUAAUAAAAAUUGUAUAUCCUUUCUGAUAUAAUAAAAGAACCUUCCUGACCCAUGACUUAAAA